UCACUGCCCUGGGGAGGGUCUCCAAUCUCCGGCGCAGCAACAGCAGCCUCUUCAAGAGCUGGAGGCUGCAGUGCCCCUUCGGCAACAAUGACAAGCAAGAAAGCCUCAGUUCAUGGAUUCCUGAAAACAUCAAGAAGAAAGAAUGCGUGUAUUUUGUGGAAAGUUCCAAGCUGUCUGAUGCUGGGAAGGUGGUGUGUCAGUGUGGCUACACACGUGAGCAGCACUUGGAGGAGGCUACCAAGCCCCACACCUUCCAGGGCACACAGUGGGACCCAAAGAAACAUGUCCAGGAGAUGCCAACAGAUGCCUUUGGUGACAUCGUCUUCACGGGCCUGAGCCAGAAGGUGAAAAAGUACGUCCGAGUCUCCCAGGACACGCCCUCCAGCGUGAUCUACCACCUCAUGACCCAGCACUGGGGGCUGGACGUCCCCAAUCUCCUGAUCUCGGUGACCGGGGGGGCCAAGAACUUCAACAUGAAGCCGCGGCUGAAGAGCAUUUUCCGCAGAGGUCUGGUCAAGGUGGCUCAGACCACAGGGGCCUGGAUCAUCACAGGGGGGUCCCACGCCGGCGUCAUGAAGCAGGUAGGCGAGGCGGUGCGGGACUUCAGCCUGAGUAGCAGCUACAAGGAAGGCGAGCUCAUCACCAUCGGAGUCGCCACCUGGGGCACUCUCCACCGCCGCGAGAGUCUGAUCCAUCCCACGGUGAGUGCGGCCCCCGAGGGAGGGGAGCCUAAGACCAGGGGUGUGGGUGACGUCUGA